AAGUGGCAGCUAAGGUCAGUAACACUGAUGCUAAAAUAGAAAGUCUGAUUAAUGGUUAUAUGAAAAUGCUAGAAACCUGGAUGCUCAAAUCAAAAGGACCUAAAGAACCCAAACCUGCCAACU